GGAUUUCUCUUUUUCAUUAUAUUAUAUAUACCCUCCAUACUCUUUAUCAACUGGAUGGAAAAAAUAAAGUUGAUGUGCAUUACAACACAUCUUGUUUAUACGUCUUUAGUUUUCAAGGAGUUCUAGAAUUGUGAACUGUGAGACAAAUUUCAAUGUCCAAUCACUCGUUUAUAUCUGAAUCUGUAUAAUGGAAAUUGAUAAGUAACGAAAACUAGCAGCUAAUUAAUUUAUAGAAAAAUAAUCUGAAGAAGGAAUGGUCAAAGCUAAAACAAAGAAUAACAUCAAUAAUGCCAAGACGAAACGAUUUUUCUGAUGGUUCCAGUAGAGAACAGACAGUUUUUAGACAAGAUAGUGCACCUCCAAGUUAUGAAGAUGCAAUUAAUCCAAAUGCACCUCCACCUACAUAUGACUCGUUAUUUGGAAGGGUACGAGAAGCUCAAAAAUCCAGCAAAGGAGUUAUAGAUUUUCUUAAGAACAUAUUCAUCAUAAUUUUGGGGACACUUGGCUGUACAAUUAUUCUUGGAGUAACAAUAGUGAUUCCAAUAUGUAUGAUAACAAUUGGAAUAAUCUACAUGCAUGACUGCCCUCAAGGAGAGUACAUUCCAGUAUAUUUAGUUGUUGGAGGUUUAUUUGGAAUUCUGAAACAACUUCUCCACUUAUCUGCCAGAGUUAGGCAAACAGAAGAAGAAAGGAGGGAAGAAAAUUUGAGACAGUCUCCAACACAAACUUUAUUGAAUUGCUUCAUGUUGGGAUGGUUUAUAAUAGGCUCUGUGUGGGUGUACAAAGAAUACGAACCAAAUUAUGACCAACGCCUUGGGCUGUAUUGUAAUAAAACUCUUUAUCUGUUUGCCUUUUGGCUGAUUACAUCGGUGUAUAUCAUCUUGGGAAUCAUUACUGUAUGUUUAUGUUCGAUAAGUAUUGCUACAGUAAUCUUCCAUGGAGAUGCUACUGAAGGAGUUCGAACAAGUUCUAUCUAGAAUCAGUGCAAUGAAAAACUGAUAAUCUGGUUAAUAAGUAAGUUAUCCCUUCAUGAUGAGGGUUACAUCAAAGACAGAUAUUUCAGAAAAGAUAUUUAAUAUACUGAUUCUUUCUGAAGAGGUUUAAAUUUGAUUCUGAGUAAGUUGUCAUAAAUCAGUGACCAAGUUUGUGGCAGGUUGGUAGUUCAAAUGACAAUGACAGGCAGAAGAAAGUAUAUUAACCAUGCUGUAAAAAUAUGCUUUCCUCAAAAACAAAGGGAGCAAUAGAAAUUUUCAGGUGACUUUCAACAGUUUGCAAUUUGAAGAAAAGAUAUAGAGCCAUUUGAAAAAUUUGGGUUUUUUAAAUUUUAUUCAAGUUCUCCAAGUGUCUGACGCGGAGCCAAAAACAUUUGGAAAAUGUUUUUGCACGUCAGCACGUCAUUUUCUCAAGAUUACUUGAUAAAAAUAAGAAAUAAAUUCGAAGGUUGGAUCCUUGGAAUUAACAUUUCCUUUUUUUUAAAGAUAGAUUUUUCUUCAAUGCCUCUUGAAAAUCAUCUUAAAACUUCUGUUCUGAAACGCUUCUGCUGAAAGACACCUCUCUCUUUCGCAGUAGCAGUUGAUCGUUUGGUAUUCUUUAAUUGAAUAAAAAACAUACGCAGUUUUAUCUCGUUAUGAUUUUUCAUUCAUGCUGAAUUUCUCCUGAUAAAAAAAUGUUAGUGCUGGAUAGCAUUUUUAUAGUCUUCACCCAAGUCAUUACAAUCGGAAAUGUUUAAAAAUCCCAAAUUAUGGAGAGAUAACUUACCCUCGUUUUGUAUUUGUUAUCCAUUGGUAAUCUGUGAUAUUCAAACUUUUUAUUGUGAUCUAUUUAUUGUAUUUAUUUUUUUCUAUUCGAUGUACAGAAUAUCGGUGUAGGAUUUUCUAUUUUAACUUCUUAAGUGUCAAAAAUUUUUUAUACUCUCCGAAAUAUAUUCUUUAGAAUACUUCCUGUAUUCGCACACUAUCGUGAUGUAUAUAUAAAAUAUUCUUCCUUUCCUACCAGUACUCAAUAACGUCAAAAGACUUCUGGAGUUUUUCAGCAACUGCUCCUCUUGAAUCUCAAAAUUAUUUUGCAUGGAAGUUUGGAAUUAAUUGGUUUUAUAUAAAAAAAUUUAGGAAUGAAUAAUGAAUAUUAUGAACGAUUACAUUUAAUUUUACUGAUUUAGAUUUCAAAUGAUGAAAUUCUAAACCAUUUAAAUUUUCAAAUGAAGUCAUUUGGUUUGCCAUGUUUGUUUACAUUAUUAUAUAUAUAUAUCGUAUUGCUUGAACAAUAUCAUAUAUUAUAAUUCUGAUAUUACAAGGUCCAUUAAUCAUCUAGUGCAAAAAUAAGUGUGGUGUAUAAUAUAAUUAAUAUUCAAUGACUUGUUAGAAAUUGCAUUUAGCAACAAUACUGAAUGAUUUAUUAUUUUUAUAUCGACAUUUCGAACAAUGAAUCUAUGUAUUAUAUAAGAAAUCAAAUUAGGUAUAAUAAGAACUUUAUUCUCUACAGAUGAAAAAAUUAGUGUACAUAUUCAUGAUUAUUUAUAAAGAUAUACAGUCAGUUCUUUUUUCAUGUACAUGUUUAUUUAUAAUAAUCAUAAGACUAAUUGUAUUACAGGUUAAAUAUUUUUUAUUAGGGUUUUGAGGUCCGAAUUUUUAAAGGUUUUUUAAGGGAUAGAUUCAUAUUUAUGAAAUACAUUUCUUCCGUCAUGAUUAUUGAGAUGAAUUUCUUCAUUGAAAUGCCGGCCUAGUUUACAAAAUACAUACUUGUUAUGGAAAACUUUUAUAAUCUGAACUGUCCAAUAAUAAGAUAUUUUAAUUGAUAUGAAAUGUGCUACAUAUCAUUCAGUUCAAAAACAAUUUUACAUUUAUGUACACUUAGUAUCUUUGUGAUUUUUAUUGUAUUUGUCUUGAUAUAGGGAUUUGUACUCCGACAUUCUUGCAUUAAUUUUAAUUUGGCAGCAUCCGUUUCAAUAUUAUAUACAAAUUGAAUUAUAACUGCGACUUAUAAUCUUAUGUCUGAUCAUUAUCUGAUUGAACAAGAAUCUCAUAAAUACUAAAUAAGUAUGUCAGUGCCAUGAAAAGCUGAUUCAUAACGAAUAUAUUGUAAUUUUUAUUCAACUUAAUAUGGUGGAUAACAACUUAUCAAAUAUUUCAUCCACUAAAUUUAAUUUUUGGGGAAAAUGGUUUACUAGUCAUUUUAUGGUAGACAGUGCCACCGAACAUGCAAUUUUUGACUUUUACGUCUUUUAUGUAAAUAAUUGCCAUGAUCAUUUUAUAUACUUUAUACUGAUAAUUAGGAUAACGAAUACUCAGAUAUGAUAGAUUUAAAUAUAGUUUUAAUGCAA